UAGCCUCCUGUAUAAGUACAGAUCCGUGAUGGAGACCACCGCAGUUCACUUUUACGCAGUGGAGAUGAGCGCUCGGAUAGCGAAAUCCAACCCGGCCAUGAAACUGAUAGUGCUUUUCACAGCUUCUCUUUCCUGGGCCUUCCAGCAGCAGGCCGUACCGCCAAAGUACCAGUACCGGGACCCUGCGACCUCUGACCUCCUGCUGUGCGACCAGUGCCCUCCUGGCACGGCUGUGAAACGACACUGCACCGCUGACACGCCCACGGAGUGCCAAGCCUGUCCCGAGAAGCAUUUUGCUGAGAACUGGCACUGGGGGGACACUUGCCAAUACUGCACCUCGGUGUGCAAAGAAAGACAAUUUGUGAAGCAGCAGUGUAACAGCACUCACGACCAGCUUUGUGAGUGUGGACCUGGAUUCCACCUUGUGGUGGAGUUCUGCAUCACACACAGUACCUGUGCACCUGGCUACGGAGUGACAGCUUUAGGUUCACCAGUGAGUGAUACCGUGUGUGAGCGUUGUCCAGCUGGUUAUUUCUCCAGCUCCGACUCCUCCUCUGAGCCAUGCCGGCCCCACAGAAACUGCUCCGAUUGGGGCUUGAAGACGUUGAGAUGGGGCUCGUCCACUUCAGACAGCCUCUGUGGCACCACGCCGGAUUGCUCUCAGCACCACCCUUUGUGCCACACUGAUGUGACUCUGUGUGAGGAAGCAGUCUUCCAGUCUCUCUCCUCUCUGCGCUUGUCCUCGGUGCCCCUGGAGCGGCUGUUAGAGAGUCUUCCUGGGCGGAGAGUGGAUCAUAAGAGUCUGGAGAAGCUGAAGAAGGCCUGCUCUCCACAGCAGCAGGUCCUCCAGCUGCUGCGACUGUGGAGGGAGCAGAACAAGGACCAGGACAAGAUGUAUGGCAUCAUUCAAGGUGUGAACCACUGUGAGAGGAAAGUCUCCCGCUGCAACGGCCUCAAAAACCUGACCCUGGAUGACCUCGUGAAGGUCACCAACAGCCUGCCUGGAGUCAAAGUUCAGCAGGAGGAUGUCCAAGCCAUCUUCUCUACUUGCCUGCCGAGGCAGUACAUCCUGCAGCUUCUUCACCUCUGGAAGAUGGCAAACUAUGACCUGGAUCUGGCCAAAGCUCUGUCUCACAGUCUGAGGGUGCUGCGCAGCCAGGGGGCACCACGCCAUCUGCUGAAAGUCUUGAAGAAGAUCAGCCGCAUCAUAGGAACCACCUCGGCGCACAAGAUGUAUGAGAAGAUGUUUGUCAGCAUGCUUCACGAUGAGUCGUGUUUUAAGGCUCAUAAGCCUUUAAAUGAAUAGAGGUUUGGGAGGUACAAGCAGGAAUAUAUGCCAUUUAUAGCAUAAACAGACACUAAUGCAGAUAAAAGAACACCAAACACACUUAGUGAGCAGGGGGAUAAAUGUAUGUGAAAGAGUAACAGACAUGGGUAACGUGAUAAUGUCAGGUCUUUAAGAUAUCACCAAAUGAUGUCAAGCUAUGCAUGUAGUGCCUAACUGUAACAUAAGGGCAACAUGGGAAGGUAGAUUCUUCUUUGCCUCUCUGAAUUUUCUGAGCAAAAACUUUUGCAGAUAUAAAGAUGUUUAGAUAUGAGGUGUCAAGGGAUGCUUAUGAUACCAACCUCUUGCGGUUUCCACACCAAACGCUAAGCACAUUUUUCACACAGCGCAAUAACAUACAAAGUCAGGGUGAUGUGAAUUUUGCAACUCAAGCGAGAAAUAAGGGUGAAGCUGUCAAUAAUCAGCGUUGAGAUUCUCCUGCAUAGCCCUGAUUGAUCCAAACUCCAUUCAGAAAACAAGCAUUUUAAAAGUUGUGUGCUUGGCUUCUUGUUGAAUUCCAACUUUUUCUAAAUCUGUUUUGUCGGCAUACUUUAAUACAUUCAUUGCAAUUAAUAAAGCAAAAUCGGUUCAUUUUAGGUUCAUAUCUCUGCAGUUGCACCCUACUGGUAGUCAUCCAGAUCAAUUUCCUGGAGAAAGCAGUGAAAUUCACCUCCGUAUUAUGAAGUGGUGUGUAAAUUUGCUUAAUGUUUGAUGUGAGCCUAGCAUCAGUAUCUGUUUGAACCUAUGAAUCUACUAAGCCUUAAAAAAAGAAAGAAAAACUAUCAAAAAUCUGUGUAUUCCAGGCAGACCGAAACAAAAAAAAAGGUUUCCUGGGAACUUUUUGACCGGAGUCUGUGAAAAAUGAAAAACUAUUUAAGAUGUAAAUAGCACACUAUUUUAUGGAAGAUAGGCUGGCAGAUGUUGUGUUGUUUUUUUUUUUAUUAUUGCUUUCUCGCUGAUUGAGAGGAAGGAUUUGGUUUCAUAAUGAAAUACAUGUAUUUGCUACAGUUUUCCUUUGUUUGUUGGUUUGUUCUGGACUGCUGGCAAGUAAAGCUCAUCUGAAUUUUUUUUAAUUGUCAGCUUUAUGAAUGUACAAAGGAGUGCAAUUGUUUUCUAUUUAAAAAAUAAUAAUUUUACUUUCUGAAUAUGUAAAGGCUUGUUUUUAUUACUUUAUCAGAAAUACUGGAUUCCAAAUGCUGCAAGUUCAUGAAGUGAUAUUUGUUUUAUAUUUUGUUUUAUCACUUUUAUAUUAUUAAAUGUAUGGUCUUUAUUGUAUAUAUGCCUGACUGGUCCUCUUUAAGCUCGUGUAACUUGUGAACACUAAUGUCAAAUGAUCUGAUUAAA